AUGCAAGUAACGAGGAAAUCACGGAAGCAAUCCGGGAAAGUUACUCUUUCUAGCGAGCAAAAUCAGAAAAAUCGACACAACGGCCAAACGGAGGCGGGGCGUCAAUCAAGCAAAGCCAUCAGUAAGGGAAACUCGCAAAAUCCAACGGUCGCUAGCUUGAGGGAUGGAAAUGGAAAGGAAUCAGCCAAAAUAGAGCAGCGGCCGGGUCUCUCGACAAGCCAAAAGGGGAAGGCGAUCAAGGAGUCAGAUACUCUGAAAACCUCCCACAAAAAUACAGUAAGUCAGGUCUGGCGCCUGAUUGGAUCUAUCGAGGCCUCCUCAUCCAAAGAUGGUAGAGACAUAGUCAAGCCCAUGGAAAAGCCCAACGCCACCAAGAAUGCUGAUCGAUCUACCUCGGUACCAUAUGGGCCGAUAACCCAAAUUUUGGGCCCCAAUAACACUAAAAUUCAAGUAGUUGCUGUCCCCUCCUUACAACUCCCGGCGAAGGAAAAUGUUGACCCAAAUCAAGCCCCAUCGUCGAUCAGACAGCACUACAAGAAAAAAUCAAAGGAAAAUUCGUUGCCGCAAGGAAAGACGAAAGGUCUCAGCCUCAAGUCAAACAAGAAGGCGGUGACAGUUCCAACCAAUGCCAAAAGGGAACUAAAAAAGGAACUCAACCGAAACAUAAAGAAUGCAGCCUUCCCGAUCACCGUUCAAGCUAUUGAGGCUUUUUUACUUCAGCAACCCUAG